CUGUGUACUUUGUUCUUUCCUUUAUUCAUUUUACAACACUGUUAGCGUUAUGCAAUUGUCAAAAAUGACAAUCGGCAAAAAGCUGAAUGUGUUAUAAAUUUCUUCAUAUUGUGUGGAGUUCAUUUCGUAAAAAAUGGCUUUAAUAGCGGCGUUUACCAAGCUUACAUUACAGACAUCAAUACGUAACAUUAGCUGUACUGCCAUAAGUCGUAUCCAAGUAACACCAAUUCUAUGUGCUGAGCCACUGAAGAAAAAGAAGAAACUCGACCCUCAAAUUAUUAAGCAACGUGAAGAUCGACGAAAAAAGAAAUUGGAAAAGCAAAUUCGACGACUUGAAAAAAAUGCCAGACAAUUGAAACCAAUAGAAGAACUUGAAGUUCCGCUUACGCUUCUGGACGAAAAGGAUAAGCGCAUACGAAAAUUGUCUCCUUUAAGUGAAGAAAAUCUUGAAAAGAGAGCACUACUAAUCAAACAGUGGGCGAAAUAUAAACAUCAAGAAAAAGUGUCUGACUUCCAAACCCUCGACCGGCUGUUGCAAUCUCAAAACAGGGCUUUAGAUGAACUGCGAAAAGAGUCUGAAGAACUGUAUCAGGAAGCUAUCCAACCAGAUAUGACACUGUUGCCAAUAACAAUUAAAGGACCUGUUGCAACACCACCAAUUAAAAACUAUGUUAGUCCAGAUGGCGAUUACAUUCGAGAAAACAAAAAAUGGGAUUAAUUUAACAAUAUUUAUGUAACUACUGUUCAAAUAUUAAAAUUGUUAGUUUUUCGAUAUUGAUAAAUUUAUUUGCAGUUUAAUAGCGUUACUUUAAUAUUAUGAUGAUUUAACCUAAAACUUA